AUGAGCAUUGCCACUCAACAAGGACGAGACGAGCGGUACAACGCAAUAGGUUGUACUUGUAAUGGCCUUGGUACUAGCAUACACUCUGGAGUCAGCAAUAGCGAUAACGAAGACGCAGUUGUGUUACGACAGAGACGAAUAUCUACUUGGACGACUGUGCAGAAAUACUGGUGGUUAAUAAACACGACAUUGUUCCUCACGAUAAUCAUUUUACUUAUGAAUGAGAGGGGGCGAUAUCAGACUACGAAUAGCCAGUGGAGUCUUACUGGGGAUAUUUCUGGGUUUGCACCUCUGUUUUCGCAAAAGAUUGUUAGUUUCAAACCUAAUCCCAUCUUCACUCCCGAGGACGCGUCGGACUUUUGGAGCAACGAAACACAAGAAGCAUGGCUGAGCAUUGUCCCCGAGGGCUUAGGCUACGUAAACGUAAAGAACGCAAGCGAUUAUCCAAAUCUUCCACAGCCCCUCCACCACUAUCCAGGCCGGACUGUUUUUACAACAUCAGUGACUCAUCAGUUACAUUGUUUAUAUGUUAUACUCAAGGCUUACAAUUCAAUGAAACUCAUUGGAACCGAACAUAAGCUAACGAAACCAUACACACCAGAGGAUCCUUGGCACCUUAAUCAUUGCUUCGAUUACAUCAGACAAGCAAUAAUGUGUGCAGGGGACGUGGCGCUAGAGGGAGCCGCAACUACCUUUCCAGUUGAUGAACAUGGUCGUGAUAGAGGGGGUAGUGACGAAUGGGAUGCCGUCCAUGUAUGCAAAGAUUACAGCCAGAUAUAUUCAUAUUUGGAAAAGGAGUCUGCUAGUCACAAAAAGUGGAUAGGUUAG